UCAAGAAAAGGCGAGAAACCCUGGGGCAAAAGAGUCAGAACAAAACAGGCAAACGAGUCCAGAAUAGGACCAAAUCAGCACCAACGGAGGAGGAGGAGCAUCAAUAGCAGAGUGAGGAGGGCGCUCGUGGCCUGGAGUGGUCCAAUGGCGCAGCGGAUGACGAUGUUCCUCUUUCUCUCCUUUUAAAGCAGGAGCACCUCCUAGUUCCUCCGUUACCGGCUCUUCUAUCUGAACUAUGUCAACGGUUCUUCUCGUGAUUGCCAGCGCCUUUGCCCUUUCCUUCGUGUUUUAAUCCUAUUGAGAGAUUUUUAGAUCGAACCUGAUGCAAAAGGUUUCCCUUUUUCGUUGAACUGGAAGUGGGUUCCAUCCUGACGCGUUGAGGAGAAAAAAAGGAAGUGAUUUUGUUGGUUUCCGGAUGAGCGGCGGAAGCGAGGUUGAAGCUUUGGAAUCAUCGGAAUAGAAAAUUUUGGACUUGUUGGCCUGGAUUUUACUUCCAGUCCUGUUCGCUCCGCUAGCUGUUGUUGUUAUUGCUUCCUUGUGAUAGAUUGGAUUUCGAUUCGAUCUUCGUCUUUAAUCUUUUGCACAGGUUUGAAUCUGGAUUUCGGAGCUACGCUUCUCUCUUUCCGGUCUGGGGUUUAGGGUUUUUGAUUGCUUGCCAAAUUUUUCCUCGUUUGGAUUCGAAUCAUUUUUCUAUACGGCAACUUCUUGAAGGUUUUGGGUUUUGUGGGGCAAGGUUUUGAUUGGUUUCUGUCGAAAUUUCUGCAAAUUUAAGGCGUGUAGGCCGUGGAAUUCCGUUCUCCAAGAGCGAUGUCGUCGUGCCUCAGCAGUGGCGGGGGCGGCCGGACCUACGGCUUCGACCUCGACCUGGUGAAGCCUCCGCCUGCGGCGUCGUCCCGCUCUUCGCAUACUUCCUCGCCUUCCUCCACGCUCUCCGAAUCGAGCAACUCGGCGCUGGCAAUCUCCAUCAAGAAGACGAGGACGUCCCGGAAGCGGCCCAACCAGACGUACAACGAGGCCGCCGCCCUCCUCUCCACCAUCUACCCCAACGUCUUCUCAACUAAGGGCCUCAAGAAGCUUUCCAGGAGCGCAACGAGGCCCUUCUCCUCUUUUCCGGAACCAUCCGACCUCCUCCUGCCGCCCCUUCCGGUGCUCAGCGAUGCUGCAUUCCUCCUCCACAAGUCCCACCGGCAGGAGCCAACCACCGCAGCACAGAUCGAGCUCAAGCACAAUUUCGCUGCUGACAAGGAUUACAGGAGGCCCGUGAGCAGCAGCGUGUCAUGCUCCUUGGAGCCUAACUCGCCAGGUUCAUUGAACGACGACUUUGAUGCCGAGUCCAUCCUCGACGAGGAUGUUGAGGAGGGCAUCGACAGCAUCAUGGGCAACCUCAGCGUCAACACCCCUUCCGAGGAGGACAACAACAAUGGACUAAGUAGUGGUGGUUCCUCUAUCAAUCCCCUUCUUCGUAGCCUAGUCGGAUGUAGAAUCAGCGGUGGCGGCCAGCUUGAGCUGGGGCUCAGGCUACGGCUCAGUCAUAACUUGCAGUGGGCUUUGAAGGCCCAGGACAACUGCGAAUGGUGGCGGACUCCGACGGUGCCGGUGCAAAAUAUUCUACCCAACUUCAAGCCUCCGGCAGCAAAGGCAGCAACAGAUAAGAAGAAAAAGAAGCCAGAGAAGGUGGCAGUGAGCUGUAAGAAGAUUGCAAACACAACAAUUUCCACUGAGACUCCAAAGGAGAAAUUGAAGGCUGGUUUGGGGCUCAAGCUAAACCAUGAGGAGGUCUUUAAGGAAUGGUCUGACCGCAGCUCCAUAUUCCUCGACGUGGCUGACUCACUGGAUUCAUCUGCUGAUGCUCUGGCUAGGUUAUCAGACCUUGAUCUCCUUCCAGAGGCUGAUGGGGUGAGGGAUGCAAGUGUUACAAGGUCCAAAGAGAAACGGAGGAGCCAGCUUUUCUCUAAGAAGGUCAGGUACCAUGUGAGGAAGAUGAAUGCAGGCCAAUGAUCUACAAUGAAGGCAAGUACCAGCAACCUAGGAUGAAGGCACUUAGACAUUUUCUUCUAUAUUUACGAUUCUCACUGUGAUCGUGAACCCAGAUCGACAAUCUGGGAUGAAGGUUCUUGACUAGUACAUCCCUUCUCUGGCCGGCAAUUGAAGAAGAAAGCCAGUGAUUUCAUGGCCUGAGGCCAUUGCAUCUGUGAGAGGCAAAAAUUGACAAGGUCGAAGUUGAAGUGUUUUUUUGUAAGCAGA